AUGGCGGCCUCCCAGCUGGCCGCACUGGAAGGAGAGGGGCUGGAGACUGAGCCAGCCCUGACCAAGGCCAGCCCUGGCUUGUACACUGAGGGCCAGCGACUAGCUCUUGAAGAACUGCUGAGCAGUGGGGAAGAGGCCUUCCGGGCCUGCGUGCAGCAGGAGAAGCUGCCCCCCUUUCUGAGUGCAGAUGAGGCUCAGGCCCUGGCUGCAGCUGCUGAAGACUGGACAGUACCAAGCCAGGAGCCGUGUGGCGCAGGCCCAGGGACUGCUAUCACGGAUGGGGAUAUUGGCAGCCUGACCUACUGGCCGGGGCAGUCUGAGGAGCCGGCACCUGUGCUGCGGCUGGGUUGGCCUGAGGACACGGCCUGGAAGGGCAUCACCCGAGCUCAGCUCUAUACCCAGCCACCAGGGGAGGGCCAGCCCCCUAUUAAAGAGCUGGUACGCCAGGAGAUCCAGGCUGCUCGCAAGUUAGUGGCUGUGGUCAUGGACAUCUUCACCGACCCUGACCUGCUCACAGACAUGGUGGACGCUGCCACACACCGCUGGUUACCUGUCUAUUUACUGCUUGACCGCGAGCAUCUGCCUGCCUUCUUGGCACUAGCCCAGCAGCUAGGGGUGAACCCUUGGACCACUGAGAACCUGGACGUCCGGACGGUGCAGGGCCACACCUUCCAGAGUCGCAGGCGAAGGCAGGUGAGCGGCCACGUGCGGGAGAAGUUCCUGCUGCUGGACGGUGACAGGGUCAUCUCAGGAUCCUACAGCUUCACGUGGAGUGACUCACGCCUGCAUCGGGGCCUGGUGACCUUGCUCACAGGAGAAAUUGCAGAUGCCUUUAGCCAGGAGUUCCGAGUCCUGUAUGCGGCCUCCAGUCCACUCCCACCGGCACCAGCUCGAAGCCCCUUGCUCAGCCCUUCUGAAGGUCCACGGCUGCCCCGAAGCCCACACCGUGUGGCCCUGCGCUGUCCUGUGGCCCCUGUGGCCCCAUUGCUGUCUGACAAGCCUUUGACCCACCGCCUGGCGGCCUGUCACAUCUUUGAGGGGAACAGACAGGACACCCCCACCACCACAGGGCCAGCUCUCAGUGACAUCUUGAGAAGUGUCCAUCGUACCAGGACAGCCAGUGGUCCCCCAACCAGGCCCAGCCGCUCCCUGUGGGACCUCAGCCGCCUGUCCCAGCUCUCUGGCUCCAGUGAUGGUGACAAUGAGCUCAAGAAGUCCUGGGGCCACAAGGACACUCCAGCCAGGGCCCUGAUGAGGCAGAGGGGCACUGGAGGGGGACCCAGGGGUGAGAUGGAUUCUCACCUACUAGCCCGGUCACAGCCCUGGAGCGGCCCCCUCCCCGGGAUUCCAGCCCGCCAUCUUCGUUACUUAUCUCCAGCCCAAAGACGGUUGGGAAACAAUGCUACAUCAGACUGGGCCUCUGGCUCAGGCCCUGGAAAGCGACUCUGA